AUGGCAGUGACCUGUGCUUCGGAAGGUCUUUACUUGGGCCGCCUCAGUUUGCUUGAGGGGGAAUUGCGUGUGGGCACCACUGACAGGGAGGUUCGUCGCUUCUUUGCGGAUUGGAAUCAUCGUAUUAUCGGCAACGGCCUGCUCUGCGCGCGGGGCGCCGGCGUCCGCCGGACCUUCCUGGCGCGGGUCGGCCUGAGGCUGGGCAACUUGCACGCGCGGCUGCCACCGCCUCCGAGCUUUCAGCGGCUAAUGCAGAAGGAUCACCAGGCCUUGCAGCGGAGACUGGGCAACAAGGACGCGGCCUGGUCCGGACGUACCGAGCACCAAGCGCAGCACGUAGACUUCGAUGGCUUGGCACUACAGGUGCCGCCAGGCGUCUUCGUACCCCGACGCUCGGCGUUGCCCAGCGUGGAGGCUGGGCAUGAGCUUGCCCAGGCGACAGGAGCAACACGACUGCUUGAUUGCGGCACAGGCAGCGGCUGCAUCGCCUUGGCCCUCCUCAGGCGGCUGCCACAUGCCACAGUGGUGGCCAUUGACCAGGAUGUGAACGCGGUGGCGUGCGCCCGACAGAAUGCACAGGCCUUGGGCUUGGAGGAGCGCGCGAAGGUGCACCAGAUGCGCUUCGACGAGUUGCGCGACGUCGUCGACGACGCAGGUUUCGACUUGGCCGUGUCCAACCCACCGUACCUGCCCGAGAGGUUGAUGUCUCACGUGGGCUAUGCCCGGGAGCUGCAGAGCCAAUCGGUGAAAGCCUUCGCCGCCGGAGAGGACGGCCUGGGCGCGUACCGCCAGCUGGCGGAGUGUCUGCCUGAUGUUUUGAAGGACCAGGCCUCGGUGGUGAUGAGCUGUCAACCCGGAAAAGCGGCAUGGGCAGCACAGCCCUUCAUUGCGCUGGGGUAUGAGGCCACGCCGAGAGACGCGGCGGUGCAGCAGAUUUUGGCGCUGACCACCGACCCGGAUGGCCCGCCAACCACAGGCAUCGAAGAGGUGGACGAGAUCAGCAAUUUGGCCGGCGUGACCUUGCAAUAUGGAAACCAUGUCACGGCCGGGUCCCUGGAGAGCCUCCGCUGGGCCACCUACGAUGCCGCUGGGGCGAAGAAGCAGCCACCCGAACGGCCACCGCCACCGGAUUUGGUGGAUGGAAUCUGGGCAGUUACGUAUCAGCCCUGGUAUACGGGCUCAUGGAGUGAACCGGCGGGCGAUCCCAUUUGGUGCUUUCUGCUGUGGCUGGCACGUGUGGGAAAUGCCACCUACGAGCCACACGGCGGCACCGUUCCGGGGGCCUCGGGCGAGUGUUCCGUGUUCCGCCUGUUGGGCGAUGCAUCGAGGUUUCAAUUCUCGGAGGAUUUCCAACAAGCGGAGAUCAUUCCGAAAGGCCACUUCGGCUGGGCGGAUGGUGAGGUUGCCCGUGCAUCCCUGGGUGGGCGCCCAUCCCAAGCUGUCUCUCGGUGCAAAAGUGCGCGGGAGUCGCGGGCGAUGCGAGGCAUCACACGGAACUACAUGGUCCAGGCGGACUCCUCGGUGAAGGGCGAUCACUGGGAGCGCUUCCAAGGCCUGAGACCGGUUUUCCAGAAGAUGAUAGGUGCAACAAGCCAAAAAGAGAGACGCUGA